AAAUUCACUCAUAAAACAAAUUUCUCACCUUUUUUUCUAAAUUAUUUGACUGUUUAAGCGUCAGUAAACUUGCAUAAUUUUAGCCAAUUAUAUACUUUGUGCGUCGGAAGUCUCGCCGUCGUGAAACAGUGUAGAAGUUGAUGCAUGUAUGACAGACUUUCGUACUGUAUUUGUUGUCCACAUUUAAUAAGAUAAAUAAAACAAUCGCGUUGUACCCUGGACUGCUGCUUCCCUGUUGAGGCCAGUCUCCAAUAUGGCCGAAACAGAACAGGAAAAGAACCCCGCAAAACCUGACAGCGGCGAUGAGUCUGAAGAUGAAAGUGAAGUUUUAGAAGAAUCGCCGUGUGGAAGAUGGCAGAAAAGACGAGAAGAGGUGGAGCAAAGAGAUGUACCUGGCAUUGACAAUGCUUUCCUGGCCAUGGACACUGAGGAGGGCAUGGAGGUGGUGUGGAAUGAGGUGCAGUUCUCAGAGAAACGAGACUUCAGACAGCAGCAGGAUAAAAUCCGGCAGGUGUUUGAUAAUUUAAUUCAGCUAGAGCAUCCAAACAUUGUGAAAUUCCAUAAGUAUUGGACUGAUACCAAAGGAGAAAAACCGAGAGUUAUUUUCAUCACUGAAUAUAUGUCCUCUGGAUCUCUCAAACUAUUCCUGAAGAAAACCAAGAAGAACAACAAAACAUUCCAGCUCAAGGUAUCAGUGAGCAGAGCCAAGGGGUGGAAAAAAUGGUGCACACAGAUUUUAUCUGCUUUGAGUUACUUACAUUCCUGUGAUCCGCCCAUCAUUCACGGCAACCUCACCUGUGAUACGGUAUUCAUCCAACAGAAUGGUCUGAUCAAGAUAGGUUCCGUGGCCCCUGAUGCUAUACAUCACCACGUGAAGACGUAUAGAGAAGAUCUGAAAAACAUGCACUGUAUAGCUCCAGAGUAUGGCGGUGUGGAUCCUGUUACCACAGCUGUGGAUAUCUACUCUUUUGGGAUGUGUGCUCUGGAAAUGGCUGCCUUGGAGCUCCAUGGUAAUGGUGAAGCUGGGAAGGUGACCCCUGAAGCCAUACAGAAAACCCUGGACUCGGUGGACAAUCCUGUGCAAAGGAAUUUCAUCCUUCAGUGUCUGGAAAAAGACCCACGGCGGCGCCCCAAAGCGCGGGAGUUGUUAUUCCAUCAAGUGCUAUUUGAAGUUCACUCGUUGAAACUGGUGGCGGCUCAUAGCUUUGUCAAAAAUUUGUAUAUAUUACCCGAGAACAUGACGGAUAAUGCGUACUUAUCCCAGACAGAUGCAAACAAAGUUGUCGCAGAGAUUGUGCAUAACGACGGCCGAGAACCAGUGCAAUGGAAAUUUUCCCAAGUCCCAGCGCUAGAGCUAGAGAAAUUCCUGGAGGAUGUAAGGAAUGGUAUCUAUCCACUCACGGCGUUUGCCAUGUCGCAGCCCCCAUUGGCCAGACCAAGGGCAGUAACUCCGGAGGUAGCAGAGUCUGUGAAGUCUGAGACACCAGAGCCAAUGGAUGUGGAAACUAGGAUGGUGAUGCAGGUUUCCUGUGAGGUGCGUCGGGCAGAGGAAGGGGCGGCGCUUCAGCUGGAGCUACUACUCAAGAUGGAUGACCGGAUGAAUCGUCAGUUACAGUGUGAUAUGUCAGAGGAAGACACCUCGUUUGGCUUGGCUGAUGAACUCGUCCACUACGGCUUCAUCAACGAGCAUGACCGUGAUAAAGUGGCCAACAAGAUUGAGGAAGGACUGAAGUCGAGAGCGGUGAAUGGCACCUCAUCUCCAGUGGUGGAGGCAGCAGCUUGAGUCUGGUUCCAGGGGCACUUGCCCUGGUUGCAAGGGGGCUACUGGUUACUGCUGGAAUUGGUCUGGUUACCAGCCACUCAUCGUGACAUUUCGUGCGCUCUCAGCUCAGAAUGCCAGAGCUGUCAUCUUCACAGUGCAAUGCCGCUGUUCUUCCAAUUACCGAAAACAAGAAAAAAUAGAGUGCCUUUUUUGCUACCAGCGAUCAAAGUGUAAAGUGCUUUUAUAGACGACACUUUGUAUGUCUGUACUUAAAUACAGCUGCCAUGUGUUUCACGCUGUGUAGCACAGUUAAAUACUACUUACACAGAAAUCUGCUUAAUAUGUCACUUGUGAUAUUAAUGAAGGUGGCUUACUUGGCUAAUACCCUGAAGAUUGUGUGGCCAGUCUCAUGAGUCUCCAAUAGACCACUUUUAAUGUAAGCAUCGCUUUACCUGCUUCAGCGGGAUGACAAAGCCUGUGAUGAACUUGGAGGCUGACAAUUGUUUAAGGGCAAGGUUUACUGGAGUUGGCUAGAGCACACCAAACAAUUUCUUGGCUGUUCUGACUGCUAAGGCUUGUGCUUUAAUCCCACAAUGCAUGGCAUGUAUAGAGAAUGAUGUCAUUAUGUAAUUGGUCUGUUUUGACAGACAGGUGUCCCAUCUGAUUGUCAGGUGAAGCGGUAAUGGCAAGUGCAAGCCUCAGUCUUACAUUGAUGUCUAGUCAUAACGUAUACAAUAUUAUUAUACAAUUACGAAAUAAUAUAGUCAAUGCAAAUGUAAAUAUGUUUAUAUAUCAAACUGAAUAUACCAACAAGGAGGCAAUAUUCCAAUAUUCAGCUGGCUCCUUCAAGCAUGUCACUUUGGAGGUAGAAGAUUUCAUUAAUCACUAACAAGUACAAAUGUGUAUUAUGUGCAUAUAAUAUAUGCAAUAGUUUUGUAAACAUCAGAAUUUGUCCCUAGUGGAGAGAUUUGAAAAAUUCCACUCGCAUUCUUUAAUAUUCUGGUUCUGAUGUCUGUUAUAUUAACAGUCUGCCAGUUCAAAGUCUUAGUGAGUUUAUUGUACUAGUGCAUAGAUUUUAAGGGAGAGCUCCAGACAGCAAGAUUGAAAAGUGUUGUUUUUAAAAAAAUAUAUUUUCUGUUGAAAAGCGACACCAAUUUUAUGGUGUGUUUUACGGGCAAGCCUCACUGGAAAAAAAAAAUGGAAUGAAAAUGAAAUUAAACACUUCUUUUGUUUGGUCCUAUCUACAGGUUUUGGUGAUUUCCUGGUUUUUCAAGGCUGUCCAAUCACAUAAAUAUGUCUGUAACAUUAACAGCUGUUGGGGCAGUGCACAUUUCACACAUUUUCCAUUUUCGGUUUUAUGUUUAAUUUGCUGCCAUUUACAUUGGGAUAAGAUUCAUU